AAGUGACUAAGUCAGCACUAAAUACGUUUUAUUCCGUCGUGUUUUGUGUCUCCGACGAUUUAUACCGUGUGUUCCUCAUAUCGCAACAAAACUUCCGCAAAAUCUAUUUUCGAUGCUUCUAAAUUUUCAAGAGUCUCAUCAUCAUCUCCCGCAUAAAGUCAUAAUCGAAAAAAGAAUUUUUAAACUUGAAGUAAGAAAAUAACAGACUAUAUGAGAAGAAAUAUUAAAAACUAAAGAAAUUAAGGAAAAAAUAAUACAACUUGUGCCAGAAGCAUAAAAUUAGGUUGUACAUUUAAAAAGAUUUUUCCAUUGUUUGUUUGGUGCCGGGUUGGAAUAGAUAAAGCAAAUCGUGCAACCUGACGUGAAAACGAGUGAGGGAAAGGAAAAGAAGGCAGCAGGUAGGGAACACGAGGUUGACGAUUAUCAGCAUCAGUCGUUCGCGCGUGUCGUGUGCGUGCGGUUCUGGUGUUUGAAAAAGAGGAAGAAAGAAGAAAAGAGAAUUUGACAAGAAAAAUUUUGUGAAAACAAUUGUUUUUUUGUUGAAAAAAAGUGAUCAUGUCGUUAUUAAAGGGCGAUCAAAAAGUGCCUUGUGCCCGACUAUGCCACAUUGUAAAAUGGGAUGAUUUCGAUGGCUAUGGAUUUAAUCUUCAUGCCGAGAAAGGUAAAACCGGUCAAUUCAUUGGGAAAGUUGAUGAUGGUUCACCAAGUGAAGCGGCCGGUCUUCAUCAAGGCGAUCGAAUUGUGGAAGUUAACGAAAUCAACAUUGCGAAUGAGACGCACAAACAGGUGGUCGAUCGCAUCAAAGCGUUUCCGAGCGAGACGAAACUCCUUGUUGUGGACCAGGAGGCGGACGAUUAUUUCAGGGCCAAUAACAUCAUCAUCAAGGGCACCAUGGCGAACGUCAAGGUGAUCAAGACACCGGAGAGAAAUCCUGCCACCGUUGACGAGGAAGCUCGAUGUGAUGGCAGUAACGGCUCCAUCGAUGAGAAUAUGCAAAAAUCAAUCGACUCGAAUGAUACAUCACACAGUGGCUUAUCAACAGCACCCACUGCAACGUUAACGAAUGAAAAUUCCGACGAGAGUCACAAAAAUGGAAGUGGAAAUAUCAAGAACGAACAAUCGUCAAAUGGUACCAGAAAUGGCAAAAUGGAGAAUGAAAAGGAAGAAUUGAACUUAAAUUUGACUGUGAAAGAAGUAAGAGCAAAAUUAGCAAUGAAGAAAAAAUAUGAUCCAAAAAAAGAAUCACUAGGCUUCAAAGACAAAUUUGACAUUGUACAAAAAUUAUAAUGAUCCAUCUGGAAUUUUUCCAAUGUCAGUUUUUUUUUUUUUUAAUUAAACAAGUGACAGAGACAAUGUUGUUUCUGUAGAGCGUACAGAGAUUAUUUUGAUCCACUUGCUCAUGGUACGCUCGACAUUAUACCUCCAAUGAUCAUUGGACCGUGAUACGUGCCCAUUAUUUCCAUCAGGAUCACAUAUUUCUUAUAUAAAUAUAUCUACUAUAGAUAACGGAUCAUUCUUCAAUGAAUAAAACGAUAAUAGAAACGUUUGAAAAGUGAAGAGAAAAUUUUUACCUCAUGAUACUUUAAGAACGAAGAAUCUAUAAUAAAAAUUCUGAUCCUAAGAUUUUGGCUCAUUUACUUUAUUACAAGGAAUGAUCUCUUUUAAUAAAAUAAUUAAUGCUUGUAUAAUUAAUUAUACAUUAUGCUACAUAUAAUUCAGUCAUUGUCGAUGAAUGAUUAACGUGUGAAUUUUAUCAAUCAAAAAUCAUUCAAUUUCUACUUUUAAAAUCAAGUAUAAUAAUUAAAAUUUCACAAUUUACGAAAAUUUAUUAAAAUAAAACAAUUUUACUCAAAUAUUUUAUUGUAUUUAUAAAAAAGUGCCAAAAAUUCAUUACAAUAAAUCCUAGAGUUUAUUAAUAGUUUAUAAUAUUUUUCCUUAAUUAGUUUAUUAAUUUUCAAGUUUUUUAAUUUAUAAUUCGUAAAAAAAAUUUGUAUUUUCUUGUUGACACUUUUUUCAAAAAUCAUAAAAUACUUGAGUCUAAAGUGUGAAAGUAGAAUUAUUAAAAAUAAAUAUCUUAGACUAUCAUAUUAGGUUAUCACAUAUGUAGAGAUUACUUUCAAUCUUUUUGUUGCACAUUUUUUUUGUCUCACUGAAGGAAAUUCCUUAACAAGUUUUACGGAAAUUUAGAAAAUUUUGUUAAAAAUUUUUCUCUGAUGAGAAGAAAAAUUAUUUGUAAAAGAAAAUUUUGUCAAGUGUUCUGUAAAAAUAGUUAGGUAUUUCCAUUCAAUGCGUAUAAUUAUAAGAGAAAGAAAAGUAGAUAUUAUGUUAUAUCAAUUCCACGAACUAGGAUUUAAAAAAAGGUAUUCGAACGAUUUUUAUGUACGGAAAAAUUCAAAUCAGUAAGGAUAAUUUGUCAUUUUUUGUCUAAACGGUUUUAAUUAAGAGUAUGGGUGCAAUAACUGCCUCUGCCCUCUGCCAUUGAUGAUUUGAAUAUUUAAAUUAUUUGGUACGUAUAUAUCUAAUUCGAAUAAUAGGAAUAAGAAUUGUGAAAGAAGAAGAGUUUAAUUUAAAUUUACAAUAUAUUACGAUUGUGAUUUUUAAAGUGCGAUUUUGUGUACAUCAUAUAUAUGUAGCGAGUGUUUGUGAUUUCAAAGUCACGAUGACGUGCCGUAAUAAUUAUUAUCGUCCUCACAAAGUUUCGAUGCAAUCGGCAAAAAAGAAAAAAAAAUUGUACUCUGUAAAGGAAAGACGCGACCUUCGUCAAUGAACUCUAUGUCGGACAGAUCAUGUUACGGUAGAAACGAGCUUGCCAUACUAAAUACAGAACCCAAAUAAUACGGAAUAUGUAUUCUAUUCCAGAAAAUUCCAGUAUAUUGAAAUGUCACAUUUUAUCGAAGACUGAUAAAAUAAAUUUAAAUCGGUUUUAUCAAUAUUCGAUAAAACAGCUUCGAAUCUGUUUUAUCAAUACUUUAUAAAACAGGUUAAAAUCUGUGUUAUCAGUACUCAAUAGAACAAAUUCAAAUCAGUUUCAUUAAAAAUAUUGAAGGACCACAUUUUUUCUUCUUUUUUUUAGUAAAAAUGAAAAUCCGGGAAAAUUUUAUUAUUUUUCAAUUUAUAUAAUUUAAAAAAGAGAUUUAUUUAUCGAGGUCGCUGAAACCCUUGGUAGAAAUUAUCAUUUGAUUUUAUCAGAACGUGUAAAUCAUUAAAGAAUUUAUAAUUUACUUCGCAAUUAUAAAAAUUAAAUUAAUUACAAUUAAAAAAAAAAUUAAAAAUAAUUACAGUUAUAAAAAUAAAAGAGAAGAGAAAAAUGAAUUUAAUUACUACAAUAAUUUAAGAAUUGAUGAUUUAAAUUUAAUCUGAUUGAAUUUUAAUUUCAAUAUAUCAAAGAUUCCCUACCAAAAAUUGCCAGUAGUCAAUUUCGGAUAGGGUUGGCUUGAACAAUUUCUUAUUUGUAUAGUUAAUAUAUAUUACAUUUUUGUGUUUCAAAUUAACAAAAGUAGAAAAUAGUUUACAUUUUGACACGACAGUUUAUGGAUAUUUUUUUUUAAUGAAACUAACAUUUUGAUUUAGAUAAAAAAAAAUUUGUAUUUAUAAAGAAAAGUUUUCUGAAAGUUUAUUUUAAAUAUUUGGAUAAUUGAGAGCGUUUAAGAAUUUAAUGUUUAUAAUAUGUUUGAAUUUGCGUUAAUAUUACAAGUUUAUAAGUAAAAAGUGAGACAGUUAUAAUUUAAGUAUCAGUAUUGUAUAUAAGAAUUUUGUUUAGUGUAAAUGUACGACAUAAAUAAAUAAAUGUAAAUAGCA